GCUGUCUCUGUCGCUGCACGAGCUACAAGGGUGACAUCGUGGGAUUGUGUCUGUGCAGGGAUAGCGGAUGCUAAAGCAGAUCCCGAAAGGAGAUAAAGAAUAAGAGCUCCAAGGUUAGAAUGCAUAUUGAAUGUUGAUAAUGAGAGUGGUGAUGAUACAGCUCCAUUGUGGAAUGGGAUUUGGGGGCCUUAUAAGUAAUAUUUCCCGUUUCUAAAAUUGAGGUUUGCUUGCAAUGCCUCAUAAGUCCGACAUGUUGAAAUGCGAGUUGGAUGGCAUGCUCGCCAAAGAGUGCGCAGUCAAAUGCGAGCUGGCCAAUCGCGUAAUUCGAUCGGUAACGAGGAUCCAUUGCUCAGCCUUAACAAGAUGCCUGCUAGACUUGAUUUGGCUAGCCCACAGGGGCUGUUUUACAGAGUGGUAUCAGUUGAAAGCUAGACCUAAUUCGAGAGGUCGAAAUGGCUAAAAAGAUCUGUGAUGGUGAAUUAUGCUACGGACUAUCAUUGCAAGGUAUCGGCUACAUUGAAUCUAUGGUGAUUGUUUGAAGAAACUCUUAAUGGCAGGUUUAGGGAGGAUCUCAAGAAAGACCAGCAAUUCCGAAGUCGGACUUCGGCAUAUCCAUUAUCCGGCGGGGUGGUGGGGUCGUUCUUCUUCCUGCAUGCCAUCUCCAUGAUUUUCUCCAACAGCGAUAACAACGCAACCACCGAGAACUGUCCUUCCGAUCUUUAACAUGGCCAUCACGAUCAUUCUUGGCUCCCAAUGGGGUGACGAGGGCAAAGGAAAGCUGACCGAUAUCCUUGCCCCGGAGGCCAAACUCUGUGCUCGCGCUGCUGGAGGCCAUAACGCAGGGCACUCUAUUGUUGCCAAUGGAGUUUCGUACAGCUUCCACUUGCUUCCUUCCGGACUCAUCAACCCGAACUGCAUGAACUUCAUCGGCUCCGGAGUAGUCUUCAACGUGCCGCAGUUCUUCAAGGAGCUACAAGAUCUUUCAGACAAGGGACUUGAGGCGGUUCACGAUAGGAUUCGCGUAUCUGACCGAGUGCAUAUCGACCUGCAGCUUCACAUCGCUGCUGAUGGACUCGAAGAGCAGGAGCUCGGAGAGGGCAAAAUUGGAACAACUGGACGCGGUAUCGGACCUUCUUAUAGCUGCAAAGCUGCGCGAAGUGGCAUUAGACUGGCUGAUGUCUUUAACCCCAAGCUGUUCGAGCAGAAGCUUCGGCGAUUGGCCGACGGCUACCGAAAGCGCUACGGAGAUCUCUUCAAGUACGACGUCGAAGAAGAGCUUGCGCAGUUCGAGGAGUACCGAGAGAAACUGCGUAAAUAUUCUGUUGAUGGAGUAUCCUUUAUGAAGACAGCGCAGAAGAGUAACACUCCCAUUCUGAUCGAGGGAGCGAAUGCUCUCAUGCUCGAUCUUGACUAUGGUUCAUAUCCUUACGUGACAUCGUCCAACACCUCGCUCGCUGGUAUUAUCGGCGGACUUACCUUGGAUCCCACCAAGAUCACUGAUAUCAUCGGAGUCGUCAAGGCUUACACGACAAGAGUGGGCUCAGGAGCUUUCAAGACUGAAGACUUGGGAGAGGUCGGAACCAAGCUCCAAGAGAUUGGAAGAGAAUGGGGAACAUCCACUGGUCGCAGACGCCGAUGCGGAUGGCUCGAUUUGGUGGUUCUGAAGUACUCAAAUGACAUCAACAACUACACUGCUCUGAACUUGACCAAGCUUGAUGUUCUCGACACCUUUGAGACGAUCCGCGUCGCAACAGCCUACAAGAUCGACGGCAAGGAAAUUGAAUCAUACCCAGCUGAUCUGGAUAUCUUGGACCAAUGCGAGGUUGUGUACAAGGAUUUCCCAGGAUGGCAAACACCCACGACAAAUGCCAAGUCCUUCGAGGAGCUACCUAAAGAAGCGCGUGCAUACGUUGAGUUCAUUGAGGAAUUUGUCGGAGUCAAGAUCAAGUACAUCGGUACCGGUCCCGAUCGUGAGGCAAUGAUCAAGCGCGCUUAGAGAUCUAUGUGAGAUGUUAGAAUGAAAAGGGCCGCUGUUGGCAGCAAUGCAAUAUUCUAUCAAAAGUCAGGGAUCUAUAAUACUAGCCCUACCAAAUUCAACGGAGAUUCGCUUACAUCCAAAAAGUCUGCCCGCUAUCCAAAACCAAGUCCUUGUUUCUAACGUAGUCCUUCCUAUAUAUCACACCACCCUCGGGAUGUGCCAUGAGGAAAUACACCGUCUCGGCAUUCUUAUCCCACAUGACAGAUUCUGCCUCUGGACUCUCUCUGAAGAAGAAUCCUUUUACUCUGUUCUCAUCAGGGGGUAAUGUCUCGUCACAAAGAUCAUAAUUCCCCGCUAGAUCAAUGCCGUGCUCAACCUCGAUGAUGCGCCGUGACACGUUGUACAUCAGCGCUGCAUCCCAUAGUGCUUCUUGUUGACUUGAUAGCCGAAGCAUGAGAGAUAGUGCUUCUACCCGAAGAGACAGGUACCGACAUUUCCAUACCGUGAAAUGAAGCAUGGG